AUGCCCAAGCUGCUGCUGUGCGGCGCCGUGCAGGGCCACUGGGAGCUGCUGUUCGAGCGCGCGCGCAAGCUCAACGCGGCCGCCAAGGACAAGCCGUUCGAGGCGCUCGUGUGCGUGGGGCGCUGCUUCCCGCUGCCCGUCGAGUACCUCGCAGGAGGCAGCAAACAGGUGCCGCUGCCUACGUACUUCCUGCCGGGACACGAGGCGGCGCGUUCGUGGCAGGAAGACGCCAAACAGACCCAAGUCUUCGACCAGUUAAGCGCGGAGAAUCAGUCGAGCGAGCCUGUGCAGAUCGGAGAAGGAUUCUUCUGCCUUGCUGGAGCUGGAGUCGCCAAUAUCGCAGGACUGAAGGUUGCGUAUAUGUCCGGCACGGAGACCCACGGCUCGGAGGACGAGAAGGGGACGCUGCUGACGUACUCCAAGGCGUCGACUGAAGCACUAGUGCAGCAACUACUUGCAGAUGGAGAUCAGGGAGACGUGGACUUCUUGUUUACUGCAGAGUAUCCGACGAGCUUUCAGCUUCUGCUGCCGGAGCAGCAACUGCCUCAUGGACUGCAGGCGAUGCGAGGCAGCUCUGCGAUAAGGCAGAUUGUGCAGCAGGUGCACCCCAAGUAUCACAUCACGAGCCGCGGAGGCGACGGUACACGCGGUGACGUGUUCUACCAGCGACUGCCCUACGUGAGCGAAGUUACUGGAACAGGACGCAAGCAACUCACACGACUCAUUGGUCUCAGCGGUGUCAACAAAGUCAAGGACAAGACGCGCAAGUAUCUGCAUGCACUUCAAGUCGUUCCGUUCGCCCAGCAGAGCGCAGAGGAGCGCCAGCGCGUGGAUAUCCCCGCAGGCACUACACAGAACCCAUACCUUCACGCAUUACUCGAAGAAGCGACCUCACGAAGUGGUGAACCAGACGCGAAGCGAAGGAAGCUGGAUCCCGCUGCGACCGGAGGCCUAUCCGCCGAGCAGAUCGAGCAGCUCACCGCUAAAAGCCGAGGUGACGCUCAGUUCUUUUACGACCAAAGACUCGCAGCCAAGGGCCAGCGCAAGGGCGGGCUGGUCCCAGGUGACCAGCAGCAGCGGAGAAAUAAUCGACCCGUGGUACCGGGCCGCACUGAGUGCUGGUUUUGCCUGUCGACGCCGACAUUGGAGCGCCACUUGAUCGUGAGCAUCGGCCAGGAGGCAUAUCUGGCCAUGCCCAAGGGCGCUAUCUGCGGGGAUCACUUGCUCAUCGUGCCCAUAGCGCACGAGGCGUCCACAAUGGCGCUUAGCGAGGAUACCUGGCGCGAGAUGGAGCGCUUCAAGUCGGCGCUGCGCCGCUACUUUGCGUCGCAGGACAAGGAGCUGCUGGUGAUCGACCGCAACGUGGCCACGCUGGGAGCCACGCACUGCCACUUGCAGGUCGUGGGCGUGCCCAAGGCGAAGGCCGAGGCCGCUCGCCGCGUCUUUGAGACGGAGGGCGAGAAAUACCACGUCAAGUUCGAGGAGCUGCAGCGCGGUCCCGACGAGAAAGCAGACGACGACAGCGCCGCCGAUGCCGCGGCGUGUACAGGCCCACUUGAGCUGCUUCGCCAGCAGACAAACGGCAAGCCGUUCCUGUACGCCGAGGUUCCGGAUGGCCAGGGCGGCACCACGCAGCUUCUGCACCACGUGGAAGGCAAGCAUUACGUGCAGUUCGGCCGCCACGCGGCUGCGUGCUUGCUGGACAUGCCGCGGCGCGCCAACUGGAAGUUCUGCGUGAGCCAAUGGAAGCAGUACGACUUCACACUCGAGGACGACGAAGACGAGGACGCGUGA